AUGGAGAGUGACUUUGAGCAGAAGCUCAAGGAUCUUCAGGGGGAAAAGGAUACAUUGUAUUCUGAAAAACAACAGCUUGCAGCAGAGAAGCAGGCUCUGGCAACAGAGGUGUCCCAGCUUAUAGGACAGUUUGGAAUGAAGACCAUGCUGGAGCCAGAAGAAGGAGUCCUACUGCCGGUCAGAGCCAUGGAUGCUGCUCUUCCCAACACGAGGACUGAUGCAGCUAAGCUGCUUUCUGCUCUUUGUAUCCUGCCACAGCCAGAUGACAUGAAUGAAAGGUUUUUGCGGGCCAUGACGGAAAGAACCAAGACACAUGACAUGGAGCACUUCCAGCCACUGUUGGGCGGCCGAAAAAGUGGGACCUCCAUUGCACUCAAGUUUGGAAUGAAGACCAUGCUGGAGCCAGAAGAAGGAGUCCUACUGCCGGUCAGAGCCAUGGAUGCUGCUCUUCCCAACACGAGGACUGAUGCAGCUAAGCUGCUUUCUGCUCUUUGUAUCCUGCCACAGCCAGAUGACAUGAAUGAAAGGUUUUUGCGGGCCAUGACGGAAAGAACCAAGACACAUGACAUGGAGCGCUUCCGGCCACUGUUGGGCGGCCGAAAAAGUGGGACCUCCAUUGCACUCAAGUUGGACUCAGACUUACCAGCUGGACAUGAGCUUUGGGUGGAAAUGGAGAAGACGGAGUGUGACUUUGAGCAGAAGCUCAAGAAUCUUCAGGGGGAGAGGGAUACAUUGUAUUCCAAAAAUCAACAGCUUGCAGCAGAGAAGCAGGCUCUGGCAACAGAGGUGUCCCAGCUUAUAGGACAGGUUGCCAAGCUGUCCAAGGAACUAGAAGAUGCCAAGAGAGAAAUUGCUUCUCUCUCUGCUGCCGUUGCCUUAGCACCUCCCAGCAGGGCUCCUGCUCCCCCUGCCCUUCCUUUACCUGCUGAUUCUGGCUCUGUUAUUCCACCCGCACCCCCUCCUUUACCAGAAGGGCUCAGCAUACCUCCUCCACCACCGCUUCCUGGGAGUGAUGCCAUUCCUCCUCCUCCAACUCCCCCUCCUCUGCCUGGAGGUGCUGGCAUCCCCCCGCCCCCUCCUUUGCCUGGGGUUUCUAGCAUCCCCCCACCUCCCCCUCUGCCUGGGGCUACUGGCAUCCCCCCACCCCCUCCUUUGCCUGGGGUUACUGACAUCCCCCCACCUCCCCCACUGCCUGGGGCUACUGGCAUCCCCCCACCUCCCCCACUGCCUGGGGCUACUGGCAUCCCCCCACCUCCCCCUCUGCCUGGGGCUACUGGCAUCCCACCACCACCCCCUUUGCCUGGGGCUACUGACAUCCCCCCACCUCCCCCUUUGCCUGGGGCUACUGGCAUCCCCCCACCUCCCCCUUUGCCUGGGGCUACUGGCAUCCCCCCACCUCCUCCCUUGCCUGGAGGAUCAAGAAUGCCACCUCCCCCUCCCCCUCUUCCUGGAGGCCCUGGCAUCCCCCCACCUCCCCCUUUUGGAUUUGGAGUUCCUGCAGUACCAGUUCUGCCAUAUGGUUUGACCCCAAAGAAGCUUUAUACACCAGAGGUACAGCUCCGGAGGCUAAACUGGUCCAAGUUUGCUGCUCAGGACCUGUCCCAGAAUUGCUUCUGGACAAAGGUCAAGGAGGACCGCUUUGAGAACAAUGAACUUUUCGCCAAACUUACCCAUACCUUCUCUGCCCAGACCAAGACUCCGAAAGCUAAGAAAGAUGAGGAAGAUGGAGAAGAAAAGAAAUCUGUGCAAAAGAAAAAAGAGUUAAAGGUGUUGAAUGCAAAGAUGGCCCAGACUCUCUCGAUCUUUCUGGGUUCCUGUCGCAUGCCCUACGAGGAGAUUAAGAAUGUCAUCCUGGAGGUGAAUGAGGCUGUUCUGACUGAGUCUAUGGUCCAGAACCUCAUUAAGCUGAUGCCGGAGCCAGAGCAGCUGAAAAUGCUUUCUGAACUGAGAGACGAGUAUGACAGCCUGACCGAGGCAGAGCAGUUCGGGGUGGUGAUGGGCACUGUGCCCUGCCUGCGGCCUCGCCUCAAUGCCAUCCUCUUCAAGCUGCAGCUCAGUGAGCAGGUGGAGAACAUCAAGACAGAGGUUGUUUCUGUGACAGCUGCAUGUGAGGAGCUGAGAAAGAGUGAGAACUUCUCCAGCCUCCUGGAGCUGACCCUGCUUGUGGGGAAUUACAUGAACGCUGGCUCCAGGAAUGCGGGUGCUUUUGGCUUCAAUAUUAGCUUCCUCAGUAAGCUUCGAGACACCAAGUCCACAGAUCAGAAGAUGACACUGUUGCACUUCCUGGCUGGGUUGUGUGAGAAUGACUACCCUGAUGUCCUCAAGUUUCCAGAUGAGCUCGCCCACGUAGAGAAAGCCGGCGGAGUUUCUGCUGAAAACUUGCAAAAGAACCUAUAUCAGAUGAAAAAACAAAUUUCCGAUGUGGAGCGUGAUAUUCAGAAUUUUCCAACUGCCCUAGAUGAGAAAGACAAGUUUGUUGAAAAAAUGACUAGCUUUGUGAAGGAUGCCCAGGAGCAGUAUGACAAGCUGCGGAUGAUGCACUCUCACAUGGAGACGCUCUAUAAGGAGCUGGGCCAGUACUUCCUCUUCGACCCUAAGAAGGUGUCUGUGGAGGAAUUCUUCAUGGAUCUGCACAACUUCAGGAAUAUGUUUGUGCAAGCAGUCAAGGAGAACCAGAAGCGGCGGGAGAUAGAGGAAAAAAUGCAACGAGCAAAACUAGCCAAGGAGAAGGCCGAGAAGGAGCGGCUGGAGAAACAGCGGAAGAGAGAGCAGCUCAAAGACAAGAAUGCAGAGGGCGAUGAGACAGGUGGGACAGACAGCCUUCUAGAAGUACUGCAGUCAGGCACUGCAUUCCGACGGAAGAGAGGACGCCGUCGGGCAAACAGGAAGGUUAGGUGUGCAGUCCCAUCGGUCCCAGCCUCCGAGCUGACCAAGGAUGAUGCCACGACUGCAGUUCCUGCCAAGGUGGCCAAGAACAGAGAGGGAGUCCCCACAGUCCUUGAGGAAACCAAGGAGUCAACUGGCUGUGUGAGCCAAGCUGGGGCCUGUGGCCACAGCAGCUCCUCGGUGGAACUGGCCUGCUGCUGUCUGUACAUCACACACAGCUUCAGCCGCCUGGAGGACAGAAGGAAAGGACAGUGUGGGGGAGGCCUGAGCCCAACCCCGCCAGCCCGCUGUUGUAUUUACUAAAGCAGGCUCCGUGUUUGCUGCCUUCACCCUGAAUGUCUCCUCGCUGUCACUCUGAGGCCUCGUCUCAGACAAGGCCCUUCCUGCAUCCUCACCCCUGCCUUUCCAGGGGGCUUUCACUUUCACCUCGUUGGCCUUGCUGGGUUUGUGCUUUUCUUUAGUGGUUUCUCUGGCCCUGAGAACAGCAUGGGGCUUGUGAACCUUGGGACUGUAUUUCUCCUCCCACUGCUGUCACCCCCCACUCCACUCUCCCCUCUCCUGGCCGUUGUUAUUUAUUACUAGUGAUGUGACAUUGGGAGCUACUUCUUAGGAAGCGGGGAGCAAACCUCAUCCUUUCCCCACCUUCCUGGGAAAGGCUUCCCAAAACAAAAAGGACCUGGACCACGUUAUCUAUUCUACAGUGGCCUGGGCCCGAGCCCGUGGGCAGGCAGGCAG